GGCUCCACCCCCGGGCCCGGCGGCGCUUCCUCUUUGCGGGGUCGGCCCCGACCCCUCCGGCCCGGCCGCCGCAUGCCGGCGCGCAGGGGGUCCCAGCCUUCCCGAAGGAUGGGGCAAAAGAAACAGCGACUGGCAGAGGCAGAGCAGCUGCAGAGCCCAUCAGGUGCAGCCCAGACGCCUGCCCCCCAGGACCCCUGUGUGGGACUGCCCACGACCCUGGGCCCUCAACGCAGCAUCUACUUUUCACGCCCAAUGGGCCACCUUACCCGACUGGGGUCGGAGUUUUUCGACCAGCCCGCAGUCCCCCUGGCCCGGGCAUUCCUGGGACAGGUCCUAGUCCGGCGACUCGCCAAUGGCACAGAGCUCCGAGGCCGCGUUGUGGAGACCGAGGCCUACCUGGGGCCAGAGGAUGAAGCUGCCCACUCAAGGGGUGGCCGGCAGACCCCCCGCAACCGAGGCAUGUUCAUGAAGCCGGGGACCCUGUACGUGUACAUCAUCUAUGGAAUGUACUUCUGCAUGAACGUCUCCAGCCGAGGCGAUGGGGCUUGUGUCCUGCUGCGGGCGCUGGAGCCCCUGGGGGGCCUAGAGACCAUGCGGCAGCUUCGCACCACCCUCCGGAAAGGGACCCCCUGCCGUGCCCUCAAGGACCGUGAGCUCUGCAGUGGUCCCUCCAAGCUGUGCCAGGCCCUGGCCAUCGACAAGAGCUUCGACCAGAGAGACCUGGCCCAAGACGAGGCCAUGUGGCUGGAGCGUGGCCCCCCGGGGCCCAGGGAGCCAGCUGUGGUGGCAACAGCCCGGGUGGGUGUCGGCUACUCAGGGGAGUGGGCCCAGAAGCCGCUGCGCUUCUACAUCCAGGGCAGCCCCUGGGUCAGUGUGGUGGACAGGGCGGCAGAACGGCAGGCACAGGCCUAAGCCAAGGGCCUGCUCAGAUAAGGCUUUUUAAUUGUUUAAAAACCAAAUAAAUGCUUUAUUUCUAGAAAA